AUGUGGUAUUGUCUUGGACAUCAUGCUAGUCAGUUUCAAAAUACAGUAGUUCUCAUCUCAAUUGAUGGAUUUCGGCCGGAUUACCUUGAUAGAGGCCUGACUCCAAAUCUAAACAAGAUUGCUUCAAGUGGAGUUCGAGCCAAGUAUAUGCAACCAUCAUUCCCGUCCGUCACAUUUUCAAACCAUUACACUAUUGCCACUGGACUGUACCCCGAAUCUCAUGGAAUUGUCGGUAACAUAUUUUACGAUCCAGUUAGAAAUGAUACGUUUUCAUACACUGAUCCAUUAAAUAAUGGAGAUGGCUAUUGGUGGAAAAAAGGAGAACCGAUUUGGGUUACUGCAGGUCGACAAGGCAAGAUUUCUGCGACAUGCAUGUGGCCUGGUUCUGAAGCAGAGAUUCGAGGAUACCGACCAAAUCAUUGGGUAAAAUUCAGUCCAAACAUAACCGAUGACCAAAAGUUAUCUACUGUCAUGAAAUGGAUUGAUCUCCCACAAAAAAAGCGUCCGUUAUUUAUUUCUCUCUACUUUCAAGAUGUUGAUCAUGCUGGUCACAUGUUUGGUACUCACUCCAAAGAAGUAAACAACUCGUUGAUUCAAAUCGAUACAACUAUGGGAAAGUUUUUUGCAAUGCUGCAAGACAGAAAUAUUGAAAACGCAAUCAAUCUUGUGAUUGUAAGCGAUCAUGGUAUGGCGAAUACAUUUCCAGAUCAGAUUGUAUACCUUGAUGAUUUUGUGGAUUUCUCUACAAGUCGCGUUAUCGUAGAUGGUCCAAUCAUCAAUAUAUAUCCUCCUCCAGAUCAACUUGACUCUAUCUCGGAUGCAUUGGCAAAAGGUGCUCGUCAAAAUGGCCACUUUCAAUCUUAUGUACGGUCUCAGAUUCCAAGUGAAUACAACUACAAUGCAACAGACCGUAUUGGUGAAAUCAUUGUUGUUCCUGAAAUAGGCUGGAUGGUAGUACCAGAAAGCAACAAUUCAACAUCUCAACCUGUCUGGAUUCCAAAAGGCAUGCAUGGAUAUAACAACUCGCUUCCAGACAUGCGAGCCUUGUUUAUUGGGCACGGCAGUGCGUUUAAAUCUACUUUGACUCAUCGCAUCACAGAUCCAUUUGAAAACAUACAAGUAUAUCAGCUUUUGACAAAGAUUAUGGGACUGAAACCUGCACAAAACAAUGGUACUACAGAAUGGUUGACUGAAUUUAGCAAUCGAUGGCUUAAAUAG